GCCGAAUGCCGCAGGUUGGUACAGCCUUGAGCGACCGAGGAGUGCGAGAGAGAGUGAGUCGAGUAGAGACACAACCCGAGCUGGAGGGAAGAGAUGGGGGAGUCGAGGGUACCGUAUGUCUUGAUUCUCAAUCCCCUAUAAAGACGUCAGCUCCCACCCCAUCUGCUCUUCCCUCCUGAUGACCUGCUUCCAUCCUCCCGUCUAUAUCCGCCGACCCUUAUUUGCGCUCGCCUCCUCCCCCAUCGUGCUAGCUCGCGAGGGAACAUGAGACGGGGCGCUUUGCCACAUGGGCUCUUCUGAAAAAAACCUCGUUUGAACUUGUCUCCCGCGAAUCAAUUCGUACCUGAAGUAUCACCAGCCCCGGGCCCAGCCCCAGCGCACACCACACGCACCAACCGCUGUCCGCCCCUUCCAUAUCUGCACCGCGGGCUGUCCGUGCCGCCCACCAGGUCCCCCACACCCCUGCUGGAAAAUCCCCCACAUCUGGGCCUGUGUCCACUCGGUGCCGGGCUGCGCCUUCCACGUCUGGCAGCGAGACGCGUUUGGCCCGUCUGCCCAGCAUCCCGACUGGGCCUUCCGCUGUUGGGCCUCCCACAGUUGGGCCUCUUGACUCCGUCUUGGGUCGCAGAGCAGCCUAUCGAGAUUGAUCACGCCGUCUGGACGCCCUCAGCGCCCUGCAGCCUGCUCGCUCUCGUGGCCAAUCUAGUCGGCUAUUUCGCGUCUUCCAAGGCCCGCCAAACUGCACGCACUGCGCGCUGCGCUGAAUUGCAGCCUUCCUCGCCGGCCUGCCCGGAGCGACAAAAGGAGGGCGAGUCGAUUACGAAGACCACACCCACCACACCGCAUUGGGACUCCUGCGUGCCCUCGCCUGCGCCGUGUCGGCGAGCACCAACCAACCGACCUGCCACGACCGACUCUCUCCCUCUCUCCUGGCCUGGUCCUCGUCCUAGUAUUGGCCCGACUUUUGGUCCACCAGUAUAGCAACACCCGUAUAGCUGCCUAGGUUGGCUGUCUGCAUCUAUCUGUCCAACAAAACUGCCCAUCAUCUCGGAACUGAGAGCCAAGCUGCCUCUUCGGGCCAAGCUACUGCUGUUGCUGCUUCUGCUUCUGCUUCUGCUUCUGGAACCACCCGCACGGACUGCGCCUGUCUUCCCGCUCCCGCCGGUCGCCCGCUGCCACGACCUGUUAGUGCCUACUCACCGGUCUCGACUUGUCAGCAGGGCUCCUUGCAUCCCGCCGUUACAGGGGUUUCCUGCAUUGGCCGAUUCCGCCCUCCACCCGAGCUGCCUCAACCUGCCCUGCCACCCACGCAGGUGCUCAAAUACCCUUCCCAUCCAUCCUCGGCAUCCUUUUCUCCUUUCCUCCUCUGCACCAUCCCGCCUCCCGACAACAACGGCCACAUACCCGCCACCAUGUUCGGGCCUGCCGCAAGCACCCAAAAGGUCACCAGGGUCGUCACGGGCGUCAUCCCGCUAAUCCUAGUCGGCUGCGUUGCCUACUCGGCCUACGUCGUGGUGUCCAAGGUGUCGUACGGCUAUUUCACUUCGCAAGGAUGGAGCUCCGCGGCGCAUGCUGUGACAGCGGUCCUGGCCACAUCCCUUCUGCUGAUGGGGCUCUCGUACACGCGCUUGUACAUGGUCAUCCAGACGAACCCCGGCCUGGUCCCUCUUCCCGCUCCUGCACGUCGGCAAACGGGCACGGAUGAGGACGACGACAUCCCCUAUGACAUCACUGCCAUCGGCACCGAGCACAGGCAGCCCAAUGACGUUGGCGACCCGGAGGUUCAGCUCAACGAGGUCCCGGGUCUGCGCCACGACUGCCCCGGCCUUGAGGCUUUCUACACCAUGAACGCCUUUACCUGCGACGGCUAUGGACACCCGAGAUGGUGCUCGCAGUGCCGCACCUGGAAGCACGACCGCGUUCACCACAGUGGCGAGAUCGGCAGGUGUGUCCGCAAGAUGGAUCACUUCUGCCCCUGGGUUGGCGGUAUGGUGGCGGAGACGAGCUUCAAGUUCUUCUGCCAGUUCGUUAUUUACGCGGCCAUCUACUGCAUUGUGUGUCUGGCCAGCUCUGCCGUGACUGUCGCGGGUCAGAUGCGCGCUUUUGGUAGCCAGGGUGUGGAUGCCCAGGUUUGUGCCGUCAUCGGCCUGGCCGGCUUCUUUGGGCUUUUCAGCUCCAUGAUGUCCAUCACGGCAAUGCGCUUCAUCCUGCUCAACACCACAAACGUCGACCACAUCGACUAUUCCAAGAAGGUAUACCGCCUUGCCAUUCGUGUGGCCGCUGACGAGGCCACCUUCCGCUGCUCCACGUUUGCCCCGAUUGUCAGGUACCCGCUUCCCCCGAGCGCUUUCAGGCCUACCUGGGCCGCCCGCGACGUGGGCUCCGACGAUGAGACGGAAGAGGAGCGGGACCAGCGCCACGCUGCCGAGGACGAGGACGAGAGGCUUGGCCGCGCCGCUGAACUGUCCGGCAACGGCUCAACGGCGGCGGCUACGUCCCCGGUGGCCAAGACCUACUUCGCCAUUGUGACGACCCGCCCUGGCGAAAAUCCGUGGGACCGUGGCUAUGCUGCCAACUUCCGGUCCGUUAUGGGCGAAAGCCCUAUCGACUGGUUUCUCCCCAUCCGCCAGAGCCCCUGCACCAACGAGUGGAGCAACGAGGGUUUCUACCGCUUCGGCCCUCUCAUCGAGACCCUGCGAGCCCGCCACGGCCUCCGCCGCCCCGAUGAGUCGAACAGCGAGAAGUCGCCGCUGCUGUAAACCCUUGCGACUUUGAGCAAAGGGGAAAUUGAUGGUUCGCCCCACGCAGAGGGAAGAGUGAGCUUCCCUCUUGUGAAGACGGAACACCGGAACACCGAGCCUCCGCCUCUGUCUUUUGCGGGAUAAAGAGUGCACGUCUCGCACCACCAGGAGCUCUCAAGGAAAGAAAACUCGAAACGGUAGUCAGUGUCAGUGCGACGAGGUUCGGGUGGCGCAACAGUAUCAGCAUACGCUGUUGCCAUGGCCCAAGGCCUUGCUGUUUUCUUCUUUUUUCUCUUUCUUUUUUUCUUUCUAUUUCUCCUCACCUCUUUUUACCACCUCCCCGAUGGCCACAUCCAAUCCCAGAUUGCGCACCCGUAUCCAUUUAGCAACACCAUCGCGUACCGCAUCUUUCCCACGCCAUUGUGCUUUUUUGGUAUUUCUUUGCUUAUCGCUAGUUUUCUCUCCUUGCAUUUUAUUGACGCCCACCCCCUUUGGAGGAAGUGAUUUGGGAUGGUGGCGCCUGUAAAUUCUUCCUGCCUUGGGGGUUUACUCACUGGCUUCCUUUCCUGAAUGCACUCUUCUGGAUACCAUUUGCCGCGAAACUGUUUCUGUUGUCUUGGACAGAUCUCGGACUUGCCAUGUUGGCAUAAAUGGUCAAAAAUCGGUUGCCUGUUUUUCCCUUUCGCACCCUAUCGUCCUCUCUCGUACCUUUCCUUUACCAAAUUCAUUAUUCUCUGUUCAGUUCAGAUCCCCACGAGGCCAUGACUUGAUGUUGUCCUCGCGGGCGUGCUUGGCUGCUUGCCCAUUAUUGCUUAUGAUAUCUUCCUACAUGAUAAUCUACUGUAUACGAUAGUCUUUAAUCCAACUCGAAUUCUCCCG